AUGAAGCCAGGCUGUGCAGCAGAAUCUCCAGGGAAUGAAUGGGUUCUCCUCAGCCCUGAUGCAGGCAGCGCACGCUAUAGGAAAACAAUGUCCACCCGCGGACGGCACACAUCUGUCAUUCUGUCAGCCUUUAUGCUCCUGCGAGCUGUUAUUGGAUUCUCUGGAGAUGGAAGAGCCAUCUGGGCUAAAGAUCCUCAUCUUAGCCUGGUAAAUGAAAGUCAGCUGUUUGUCUAUGACACUUUUCCUAAAAACUUUCUUUGGGGUGUUGGGACUGGAGCGUUUCAAGUGGAAGGCACCUGGACAGCAGAUGGAAAAGGACCAUCGAUAUGGGACCAUUUCAUCCAGACGCACCUGAAAGAUGUUCACAGCCAGAAUAGUUCCAGUGACAGCUAUCACUUUCUGGAAAAAGACUUGUCGGCCCUGGAUUUUAUUGGCGUUUCUUUCUAUCAGUUUUCGAUUUCCUGGCCAAGACUGUUCCCCAAUGGAAUAGUAGCCGAGGCGAAUGUGAAAGGUCUUCAGUAUUAUAAUUCACUUCUGGACGCUCUUGUCCUUAGACGCAUUGAACCUAUAGUGACUUUGUACCAUUGGGAUUUGCCGUUGGUGCUACAAGAAAAAUAUGGGGGGUGGAAAAAUGAAACCUUGAUCAAUCUCUUCAAUGACUACGCCACAUACUGUUUCCAGAUGUUCGGGGACCGUGUCAAGUACUGGAUUACAAUUCACAACCCAUACCUAGUUGCCUGGCAUGGAUAUGGGACAGGGAUGCAUGCCCCUGGUGAGAAGGGGAAUUUAGCAGCUGUCUACACUGUGGGACACAACUUGAUCAAGGCUCAUUCGAAAGUCUGGCAUAACUACCACAUAAAUUUCCGUCCGCAACAGAAGGGCUGGUUAUCCAUCACACUGGGCUCCCACUGGAUUGAGCCAAAUCGAUCUGAAGAUGCGAUGGAUGUCCUCAAAUGCCAACAGUCCAUGGCGUCAGUGCUUGGGUGGUUCGCCAGCCCCAUCCACGGGGAAGGAGAUUAUCCCGAGCUCAUGAAGAAGAAGUUGCUCUCCAUUCUGCCCCACUUCUCCGAGGCAGAGAAGAAUGAGAUCAGGGGCACAGCUGACUUCUUUGCCUUUUCCUUUGGACCCAACAAUUUCAAACCCCAGAACACCAUGGCAAAAAUGGGACAAGCGGUGUCCCUCAAUUUACGGGAAGUGCUGAACUGGAUCAAACUGGAAUAUGACAAUCCCCGAAUCUUGAUUGCUGAGAACGGCUGGUUCACAGACAGUCAUGUGAAGACAGAGGAUACCACUGCCAUCUACAUGAUGAAGAAUUUCAUCAACCAGGUUCUUCGAGCAAUAAGGUUUGAUAAAGUACAAGUGUUUGGUUACACAGCCUGGUCUCUUCUGGAUGGCUUUGAAUGGCAGGACGCUUACACCACUCGCCGAGGAUUAUUUUACGUGGAUUUUGAUAGUGAACAAAAAGAAAGGAAGCCCAAGUCUUCAGCACAUUACUACAAACAGAUCAUACAAGAUAAUGGUUUUACUUUAAGAGAGUCCACACCGGCAGUGCAAGGCCAGUUUCCCUGUGACUUCUCCUGGGGUGUCACUGAAUCUGUCCUUAAGCCGGAGUCCGUGGCUUCGUCCCCGCAGUUCAGCGACCCUCACCUGUACGUGUGGAACGUGACGGGCAACAGGCUGCUGCAGCGCGUGGACGGCGUGAGGCUCAAGACGCGGCCGGCGCAGUGCACGGACUUCGUCAGCAUCAAGCGGCAGCUGGAGAUGCUGUCCCGCCUGAAGGUCACCCACUACAGGUUCGCGCUGGACUGGCCCUCCAUCCUGCCCACGGGCGACGUGUCGAGCGCCAGCCGCGCCGCCCUGCGCUACUACCGCUGCGUGAUCAGCGAGGCCCUGAAGCUGCGCAUCGCACCGAUGGUCACGCUCUACCACCCGACCCACGCGCACCCGGGGCUCCCCGCGCCCCUGCAGCGCCGCGGCGGCUGGCUGAACCCGGCCACCGUGCAGGCCUUCCAGGACUACGCCGGGCUGUGCUUCCAGGAGCUGGGCGACCUGGUGCGCCUCUGGAUCACCAUCAACGAGCCCAACAGGCUGAGCGAUGCUUACGGCGGCCGCGCGGGUAACGCCACGUACCUGGCGGCGCACCACCUGCUGCUGGCACACGCGCGCGCCUGGCGCCUGUACGACGCGCACUUCCGCGGGGCGCAGCGGGGAGCGCUGGCGCUGGCCCUGCACGCCGACUGGGCCGAGCCCGCCGACCCGUACGCGCCGUCGCACGCGCGGGCGGCCGAGCGCUUCCUGCAGUUCGAGCUGGCCUGGUUCGCCGACCCGCUCUUCGGGGACGGCGACUACCCGCGGGCCCUGCGCGAGCACCUGGCGGAGCGGCGGCGCCAGGGACUGUCCAGCGCGGAGCUGCCCGCCUUCAGCGACGCCGAGCGGCGGCUGGUGCGCGGCGCUGCCGACUUCUGCGCGCUCAACCACUUCACCACCCGCUUCGUGAUGCACGCGCGCCCGCGCCACGACGGCGACCGCGACGUGCAGUUCCUGCAGGACAUCACCCGUCUCAGCUCGCCCAGCCGCCUGGCCGUGCUGCCCUGGGGCCAGCGCAAGGUGCUGCGCUGGGUGCGCGAGCGCUACGGCGACGUGGACGUGUACAUCACGGCCGGGGGCAUCGACGACCCGGCCCCGCUCGACGACCGGCUCCGGAAGCACUACGUGGAGAAAUACGUCCAGGAGGCGCUAAAAGCACACCUAAUUGAUAAAGUCAAAGUCAAAGGCUAUUAUGCAUUCAAAUUGACUGAAGAAAAAUCUAAACCCAGAUUUGGGUUCUUCACAUCUGACUUCAAAGCUAAAUCCUCAGUUCAGCUUUACAACAAGCUCAUCAGUGACAAUGGCUUUCCCUCUGAGGACAGUGAGCCGCACUGCAGACCGAAUGCAAGAAGUACAGAGUGUGUCGUCUGCCUAUUCCUGGUGCAGAAGAAGCCGCUGAUAUUCUUUACCUGUUGCUUCUUCUCCACUCUGGUUCUGCUUCUGUCAAUUACCAUCUUUCACAAGCAAAAGAAAAGAAAAUUUUGGAAGGCAAAGAACUUGCAACACAUGCCGUUGAAGAAAGGGCAGAAGAGAGUUCUUAGCUAA